CCUCGUAAUGAUUGAAUGCGCAAACUCUGUUAGAUGCUAAAAUGUAUUUCCGCUUUAAUGAUAAGAGAUAUUAAGAUAUUUUUAACCGUCAGAAGACUUAAACUGCCUGAAAUAUCGUCGUUUAUUCGUAAGACACCUGUACCUUAACUCCAUCAUCAACAAAUGUAUUAACACCAGAGCUACACAUAUAAUACACAAUACAUAAACACCGGGAUGAAGUUUGUUGCAGCGAGAAGAUUUUGUAACUUUGAGGACAAACGUUUUCUAACAAAUUGGAUAUUUUUAACUUUCAUCACAUUUCUGAUCGUUUUGCCGGUCUUUUGCUACAGACUUCGCUUUUCUUUCUAUUCGCUGAUUUUGAGACAAAGUAAACCAGAAGGCAGACGGAUUUUGACAGAAGAAAAUAAUGAAAGAUUAAAAUUUUCAGAUGAAUUUAUCAAAAAGUUGCACAGAAAAAAGAAAUUAGGACCGGAAGUGAAAAUUGAUGUUGGCAUUUCAAUCAUUUCCGUUUCAAGAAAUCGACAUUCGUUUGAUAAAUAUGAACCCAGAUAUUUAUCCCAAGUUGUUGCGUAUUUUUUGGAACAAUUGCAGAAUUCAUCAAAAUUACAGCUAACGUAUAAGUUAUUUAUUUGCAAUGUUGACGAAGAGCCAUCUACCUUCAACGAAGUAUUAAAACUUUCUAAAAUUAUACCAACGUUCAGUCGAUUCCCAAACACUUCAGUUACCCAGCGGAGAACCAUAACAUUGACACUUGAAAAAGAAAAAGAAGAUUAUGUAUAUUGUGGUGAACAGACUCUACGACAGAAUGUUUCUUACGUUUUUCUUGUGGAAGAUGACGCACUUCCUCAUAAAGAUUUGUUUACAGUUCUUGACUACAUGCUGACAAAACAAAAACACAAAAUGAAUGUAACAUACGUGAAGUUCUAUCAUCCAGAUCGACUUCUGGGGUACAUAAGUUUUGAACUGGAGAGGAUACCAGAAUUAAUAGGAAUCAGUUUAAUGAUGUCUGCCUUAUUUGUAUCGCUUUAUCAAAAACUACGCCCUACAAACAAUAUUAAUAAGAGCGUUUUGUGGACAGCAUCUUUUAUUUAUUUUAUACUAGUAUUUCUAGUUAUCGGCAGACAGAACCUCAUAGAACUGCGGCGAAUGUCAAAAUACUUAUAUCAAGUGACUCCGGCACCAUCUUGCUGUACGCCAGCUAAUUUAUAUACAAGGCAUGGUAUGCGACAAGUAGUCGACUAUUUAAAUGGCAUACAAUGUUAUUCUAAAUUUGGUAAAGACACUGCCAUCGACGCCUUUCGCAAACAUAACAAAUUGUCUGCAUUAAUGGUGCAGCCAAAUCUGUUUAGACACAUAGGAAUGUAUUCGUCUUUACGAGACAAUAUUUUAAAUCCAUUUAUAGUUUAGUACAUUGUCCGUGCGAUUUAAUAAGUUUAUAUCUUCGUUUGGACCAUCCGACCAUGUAAGAAUAUACUUGGUCCGAUAAAUUUGCACUUGUUUGAUUUUGAGCAACCCAAAGAUAAAAACGUGUAAUGUUAAAAAAAUACCAGUUCAGAAUUACGAUAAAGCUGGAUAUAUCGCGUAGCAUUCAAUGAAAAAGAGAUAUGCCAAAACAUUAGUUGAGCAAACUAGAAUAAUAUUAUAAAGAAAGGGCAAAGAAGAAAGGAACCAACAAUUUCCUUAAUUGAAAAUAAAAUUCUAGUUGGAGAAGGUUAAUGAACUGAUAAACACGAUCGAUUUCGAAUCGAGAUAUUUGACGAAUUUGUUGCAGGUUGGUAGUUGAAAUUAGAAAUACGAUGCGGGUAAAUAAUGAAAAAUACUCAUCGAAGAAGAACGUGAAACGUUUUGUUAGAUUACUCAAGUGAUAUCCACAUGACGGCAUCGAGUACAGAUCUCGUAGUUCAAUAAAUUAUUUUUUUUCAGA